CACAGUACAUGACCUCAAAACUUGAAAAUGAGCAAGCUCGUUUCGAUUAUCUACCCGUGCGCGGGGUGUAAAUGAACAACUUGACUCGCGCUAUUAUAUUUAUAGCCAUUGAGCUGUAGUAUAUAAAUACCCAACACAAAACCCUCGCUCCAAGCCGCCCACUCGAUCGAGACUUCUGAGGACGUAAAAGAACGGAGGAAAAACCCGGAGAAAUAAACGGAAAGAAAGGAAGGAAGGAAAAAAACUAAAAGUGUCUCCAAUGGCAUGUGGUUCAUUUUCUGUCCCUGCUGCCCUUGUCAGCCUCAGCCUUGGUUCAGAAACAAAAACAUUUUUUCAGAGAUCCAGAAUGUCUCCUCGUAGAUACUCAUCUAGGAAGUUCAGAGUCCGUGCAGUACAAGAAACUGAGGGGCCACGGAGGUUGGUUGACAUCAUCCGUAUCAUCCCAGAGAUCUCAAGGAACUACUUCAGAAGCCGUUCUAGGCGAGCGCUUUUUGGUGGUAUCUCAUUACUAGGAGGCUUCUAUGUUGCACAGACCAUUUCUCUGUCCUUUGGUGCUUUGGGUGUGAAUGAUGUGAUUGCUGCAGUGUUAUGUGUUCUUCUUACAGAGUAUGUGACUAAAUAUUAUUAUAGUCGGCCUAAGGUAACGUUUCCUCUUGCCCUCCUCAACAACUUUAAGAUGGGAUUCACUUAUGGCCUUUUCAUUGAUGCUUUCAAGCUGGCUAGUUGAGAGGAAGUUCCCAAAAAAGGAAGUAAUGAAUCUCUCUGUUUAAACUUGUGAGAGCUUUCCUUGUCUUGGCUUGAGGUACAUACCAUGGUACAGAUUUACUUUCUAUUUAAGAGUUCUGUUCGAUGUGUACCGAUCUGAUGAUUGAAUAUGGCUGUGAUUAGGUGACCAGAAGCCCCUUAUUUUGUUCAUACAACCUCCUCAUUUGCAAUCUGUUCCUGUCCUUUGUUGUUGCCUUAAAUUUUCAGCUAUGUUCCAACAGGAUAUGUUAUGGAACCCUCAAAUACUUGUAACUUGUAAGGAAUCCUUAGUCUUAUAUGAUAUAUCAUUGCAUUGAUUAUUGUGGUUUCUUUAGCAGUAUGCAGGGUCGUGAAUCUUAAAACUUUGCAAUGCUGGAGUCUUCUUUCACUUUAAAACUGGACCAUCAAUUGUCAAGAGAAGCAUGGUCAGAUCCUUUUGGGUUGAUAUAAUCCACGUUAUCAUAUGAGGAAAACCAUGUAUAGAAAAUUCCUUGUGCUCAUGUAUUAAAGUUCCAGCAUGCUUCCAUCCUCUCUUCUAGAGCAUGUACAAAAAUUUGGGAAAAAUCUGCAAACUGUAAUGUCAGAAAAAACUGAAGCAUCAUUAUCUAAAGGCUUAAAAUGUGGAUUUUUUAUCGUCUCCAGUAUCCCUUUACUUUUGGUCUCUGUGAACUUUGAAUUCAGCUCUUGAUAUGGAUGUUCUGUCAAAGUGAUUUAAUCUGAUAGCUGUGGAAGAUGUGGCUGUUUCUUCCUGCUGAUCUCUUCUUGAUGAUUCUAGCUUCCUUAAAAGUGGCAUUUGGCCAUCAGUGUAUGUCAAGUUUCUGGUGGACAAUUAGAACGUUUUGCUGCCUUUUAUAUUUACUCUCCCAUGUAUUGAAGUAAAAUUGCAUUUCAGAAGUGCAAAUAACUGUAUGAUUUUUUAAUUGCAGAAUGCAAAUUACUGUGCGGUGGUUUGAUUGUAUCACAUGGACACAUUAUCUAGUAUCAAUUAGCAUUAAUAUUUGUUCAUUA